AUUUAAAAUGUCGACAUGUCAAAAAGUCGACACAGCCUUGAAUCAUUCCCGCUCAGAUCUGUCCAUACUCAAACCAUCGUCAAGAAUCUGAACCCCCCUGAGACAGUGGCUACCCUCAAGCGUACAAUAGAGACUCUGAUGGAAAAGGGGGCCAUUGUUCGGAACCUGGAAAACCUCGGAGAAAAGCCCCUUCCUUACAAAAUGUUCAAGCAUAGCCAACGUCACACACAAGGAGGGUACUUUUUAGUUGAUUUUUAUGCUCCACCCACUAUCUUGCCGAGUAUGGCGGAUCAUUUAAGCCGCGAUAUUGACGUGGUCAGACAGACUAUUCUGAAACAUGAGGAAGAAAAGACGCUAGACAGACCGUGUGAAGGAAUCUUUCAAGCCACCAAUCUAGAGGCAAAAUUCAGCCGCCGGAAGAAGAAAUAACGGCCACUCAACAGCAUAGAUUUAAAAAGUUUUUUUUUUCUUAAAAGAAAUAUGUAAAAAAAAUAAAAAUAAACUGUUUUGAAGACCUUUCAA